GGCCGGAAGGUCCGCGGCUGCUGACGGGGCUGUGUCGACGACGGUUGGCUGAGGCGAGGGAAACCGAAGGUUAAAGUUACAUGUCGUGUUGGCAGGAGGACCAAGAAGGGAAAGACCAUGUUUAGUCAAACAACUUUAAAUUAUAAAUUUGGAAUGCUAAAGAAAAAAUUAUAGACUUUGAUAUUGAAGGAAAUGAAGCGAAACCUAAAUGAGAAUUUGACUCGAAGUACAGCAGGCUGUUUGCCUGUACCAUUGUUCAAUCAGAAAAAGAGGAGCAGACAGCCAUUAACUUCUAAUCCACUUAAAAAUGAUCCGGGUAUCAGUACUGCUUCUGACAGUUGUGAUUUCCCUUCUCUACCAACAGAUUGGGCCUGGGAAGCUAUGAAUCCAGAGUUGGCUCCUUUAACGAAAACAGUGAACACAGGGCAAAUACCACAUUCAGUUUCUUGUCCUCUGAGAAGUCAAGACUCUAUGUCUAACACUAUUCAAUCAAAUACUGAACGAAACCAGUGUGGCUGGAGCUACAAAGAUGGCAACAAAAAUACCAGCUUGAAAACUUGGGAUAAAAAUGACUUUAGGCCUCAAUGUCAAAGAACAAACCUAGUUGCAAAUGGUGGAAGAAAUUCUCGUCCAAUGAGUCUGGGAGCUCAACAACAGAAACAAUUAAGAAUAUCUGAACCUCCUAACCUAUCUCACCACAGAGAAACUGAGGUCCUCAGACAAGCACAUUCAUCAAAAAUAUCUGGCUCCACAAUGAGAGGUCUAAACAAAAACAGUGCUAUACAGGCAUUUAAGCCCAAUUUUCAACAAAAUAAACUUAAGAAAAAAAUGUUGGAUGAUAUUCCAGAAGAAAACACUCUGAAGGGAGCCUCAUUUUUUCAGUUACAGUUUAAGGAAAAAGAUAAUUCUUUAAGAAUUAUUUCUGCAGUUAUUGAAAGUAUGAAGUAUUGGCGUGAACAUGCACAGAAAACUGUACUUCUUUUUGAAUUAUUAGCUGUUCUCGAUUCAGCUGUUACACCUGGCCCGUGUCAUUCAAAGACUUUUCUUAUGAGAGAUGGGAAAAAUACUCUGCCUUGUGUAUUUUAUGAAAUUGAUCGUGAACUUCCAAGGCUGAUUAGAGGCCGAGUGCAUAGGUGUGUUGGAAACUAUGACCAGAAAAAGAACAUUUUCAAAUGUGUUUCUGUCAGACCAGCAUCUGUUUCUGAACAAAAAACUUUUCAAGCGUUUGUUAAAAUUGCAGAUGUUGAGAUGCAGUAUUAUACUAACGUAAUGAAUGAAACUUAAGUAGUGAUAAAGGAGGUUUAAAUAAUAUAAAUUAUAGCAUUUUCCGUUGUUGCUCAAUUUACUGUCUCCAUAGUUUUAUAGCUACUGUUUUUCUGUAUUUCACUUGUUGAAUAAAAUUAUUUAAAUCCUUUUAAACAUGGAAA